AUGGCGGCGUCCUUGUUGGGCUCGCUGCUGCGGACUUUCCGGCAGGCAGUCCCUCCAUCAACAUCAAGUCAAGUUCGAGGUUACUAUGUAGACUGGAAAAUGUUGCGUGAUGUGAAGAGACGAAAAAUGGCUUAUGAAUAUGCAGAUGAGAGACUUCGGAUCAAUUCACUCAGAAAGAAUACCAUUUUGCCAAAAGACCUUCAGGACAUGGCUAGUGAAGAAAUUGCUGCUCUUCCACGGGAUAGCUGUCCUGUGAGAAUCAGAAACCGAUGUGUUAUGACAUCCCGUCCACGUGCUGUAAAGCGCCGUUGGAGGCUUAGUCGCAUUGUCUUCCGCCACUUAGCUGACCAUGGACUACUUUCUGGAGUUCAGCGAGCAAUAUGGUAAAUCAGUUUCAGAACCUACUCAGCUGCCCGGGAAGUCAAUUCUGGCAAAAGAGACUUUACUAAUAAAGACCAGACCCUAGUUUUUUAUAGCGUGUCGUAUGUUUAGUCUACCUGAUACUGUCUACAGUUAAAUUGUUUUUAGGUUUUUAAAUGAAGAAAUGUGAUUUUCUCUUUAACUUUACAAUAGGCACAUUACUCCCAUACAAGGUAUAAGAGAGGAAUAAAAAUAUUUUCUGUGGAAUAAUGGUGUUUUCCUUCAAGUUUGAUGUUUAGUAACAAAAUAACUUGUUUUUAAAUAGUAAUUUCACGAAACAGUUAUAGAUGUCCAUCUAAUUGACAAGUCGCCUUUCUAUGGCAUUGUACCCCUCAGCUAGCUUCCCUGGCCUGCAGUUACUAUCACCUUUGGAAUAGCAAUAGAUGGAGUGUUAAAGAGGGUAUUUUAGAUUAUAUUUAGUGUCAACUUUGUGUGACACUAAAUAAAUGAAUAAAUGAACUGCUAAAUAGC